CGGGGUGCAGCUCCUCCCCAUGGCUGCUCCCUCUCCCACUGCCUACGGGUGGGGACAGCAGCUGGUGACAGGGAUGCUGGUGCCACACCAGCCGAUGGGGCUGGGGCCGGGGACCGUGGUCCAGGGGGAGCCCCCGUACCCCACGGGCUCCUCAGUGCUGCAUGUCCCUGCACGCCCUGCCACCCCACCGCCCCAUGGACCAACAUUGGGUGCAGGGCCCCCCUGUGCUCCACACCCUGCCCGGCAGUGCCCAGAAGCCAUCAGAGACCUCCAACAAGGACGGGGCGGCCAUCGAGGACAGCGUCCCUGCUGCCAGCCCCCACCACCCUGCCCUGCCUCCAACGACCAGCAGAACCAUGACAACGCCCAAAGCCUCGCCAGCACCGCUUUCCUCAAUGACUUCCACAACUUCUCGCAGUACGUGGAGGACGGUGGCUGCCCUCAGGACAAAGCGGUGGUGGCACGGCUACAGGACAGCGAGGACACCAUCUUGAUCGCCAGUGUCCCCAACUUGACCAAACAGGUCCUCGAUGAGCUCCCCGACCUCUCUGAGUACGUGGCGGAGGGCAGCUGCCCCAAGAGCAAGCGGUGGUGGUGGGGCUGGGGGACGGUGAGGGCACCGUCCCACGUGCCCCCAACAUCCCCGACUUGA